AUGGAUAGUAUGUUCAAUAAUGGUCAUAAUAUAAUUAUAUCAAAUGUUAAUAAUAUUAAUGUUGACAUAUCUAACAAUGGUGGACUUUCAUCAACAGAUGCUUUAAAACUAAUGAUAAAUAAAAGAAAAUUAGAACCAACUGUUAUUAUUAAUGAUGUAGAAAACUAUCACGAAAAUGAAAAUGAUCAUGUUAAACGUAUAUGUACAAUUAAUGAUCAUCAACAACAUGAACAAAAAGAAUGA